AAACGCGUAACACGCUAAAUGCAGGGCGCGUCGCGUUCAUUAACACUCGUUUAUCCAUUCUUCUCUCGGUUUCCUAUAAACCAUCAUAGCCUCUUCCAUACUGUAUAAUCUAUAACGUAUGCGCUGUUUCUGUUUUAUUCUAUGUUCAAUUGUCAUAGUCUUAGAAUGAUCAACGAAAAUUCCGCAAAUUAAUUCACUAUUAAAUGGAGUUGGAAACGAACUAAAUAAUUCCUUAUAGUUCACAGCACCGUUUCUCCGUUCACUCCGCCCCUGAGUUUCGUCUACAUCUUUUAGUCUCAUUGAGUGUUCAACUCGCUAUAACCGUUGUUUCAUUCCUACAAAUUGCUAACCUCGUCCUCCUUCCCUUAGCACAAUACGUACUAAAUUCUAACAAAAGCGUCUGUAACGAAAAUACCUUGGUUUGCUGUGUCGAACAACAGACAGCCAGCCCCACCACCACCUAAAGGUUGUUGGUGCUUGAACAUUUCCCGCUCGCAAGAGCUUGAUGGUCGAUGGAACUCGAUUUCUUUUCCUAUGCUGCACCUUCUCGAGUGCAAGCGCUCGUCUUGCCGUUUGGAAAAAUUCGAAAGAAUCGGUUUCGGCAUUUCUACGAGCUCCUGUUUCGCGUGCGAAAUAUUCGAUUGAAUGAUGUGCCGCAAGGAGCAAAGAGUCAACAUUUCAAUCCUCUAAAUUUUCCGCUUGGACAAGUCGUUUAUAAUUUUAUCGUAAAUUUAGAUGACCAGCAAUCGCUCCUUGAAGAGUUUGAGUUUUUUCGCCGGGUUUUUGUGCUAGUUGCUUUCGUCGAUGGUCGUGAAGAUGUUUCUGCUGAAUUUAUCAGUAGUAAACUAGAAGAAUGGCAACGCCGUGUGCCUCAUGCACUUGUUGUCCGUUGUAUCGUAUUCGAUUGUGAAGACAAAGAACGCCGUGCUGCACUUGCAACUGUUCCUGAAGUAGUUUUUGGACCAGUGGGGUCUUUCUCUCCGGCUACUGCUGUACGUUCUCUUCUGUGCGAUAUUACCGCUGAAAUGCUUGACACGUUUAAUGAUUUGGAAUAUGCCAUCACUGCUCGUUCGGUGAUUCUUUCCCCCAUCACGGAAGUUCCGCAUCUUAAGCCUCUUGAACGGCACGGCUCAGGAUCUUCUACACGUAGUUUUUCCCGCAGAACAUCGUCUACGUUUACUAUACAAAGUUCAGGGGAUAAUAGCACACGGACAAACCCGACUGGUUCAGAGCAUUCAAAAGUCCGGUUCAAGGGCCGUGCAGAAAAUCAGCUAGGCCAACUGUACCUCCUUGCUGGUCUACUCCCUGCUGCGAUGCGGCAUUUUACUACCGCUAUUGACUGUGCCAAACUCACACGCGAUUAUUUGUGGCAUGGUCUUUCUUUGGAAAUGUUCUCAGUUUGCUUAUUGCUUCUUGCAUACUUGCAAGCUGACGUGAGUAUACCUGAGGGAAUGCAGAAUCUGUUUUCCUCAACACUUACAAGUCGAAACAGUGUCAAAGAGAUGGUACAUGUGGACAACUUAUUGGGUUUACUUACAGAAAUCCGUAACAUGGUAAAUUCUCUAUAUAUUAAAUCAACGAAGCAGCCUCACGAUUCUAUUCCUGGACUGUGUUUUGCAGAAAGUGUGCUUCGAUAUGCACAUCUUCUUGCCAUGGUUCGUAUCGCAAACGGUAUUAAUACUGCGUCGUUGGAUCACAUCGUUAUGCAAGUACCACUGGAAAAACAACGUCCCAUUACUGCUUACGUUCCCAGCAAGGCUGUAAUUUACCAAUGGAUAUUGAAGGUCGAUGAAUCUCAACCUGAACAACUUUCAGUUCGUGAGUUAUGUCGUAUAUAUGGAGCAAUGGCCAAUUUGCUAGGGUCCAUAGGUUUCUUCCGGCAACGUGCUCUCUUAUUACGACGUCUGCUUGUGCAAUUGACCCCGUCACUACUCUCAACCCGAUAUUUGAAUGCUUCCAGACGCGGUGUCCAUCCGGAUAUUGAGGCACUCAAUAGUGCAUUACGUUUAUACUCUUCUCAAAGCACUCAUACUGAACCUAUUUUACUCGAGGUUUGCCGAGUUUACGGUUUCUUUGACGAAGACGGUUCCAUUCUCCAACCUAACAAAAUCGGGUGGAAUUGGUCUUCUUUACAAUACGCGGUUGUUCGAAACCUCGUAGAGUUUUGUUCGGCACUCGGAGACUGCUCAGGCUUAAUGAUUUUGAUUUCACUAUAUUUUUUUGCAACUUUAAAUAGGUCUCAAUCAGAGGAACAACGAACACUCUUUACUGCUUUUCAAAAUGCAUAUAAGCUUUUACAAAAUGCCAAUAUAGCUUGCUCCGUUCCAUACUGGGACCCAUUUCUUGUAUUAGACAUUUGCUAUACUAGCAGUGAUGAGGACGAGCAACUAGUCUAUCAAUCCUUAGUGGAAUCGACUACUCCCACUCGACCAAAGGGCCCUUUUCUUUACAACCCGUUUGAGCGGCCAUUAAGCAAAAAGAUAGAGCCAGAUAAUCAUAUUGUUAUCGUUGAUGAACGUGUCUCAUUACGUGUCCGACUUCGCAAUCGUCUCAGUGUUGACAUUGAGCUGCAAAGUAUAUCUUUGUCCGUUGAUGGUGCGCAUGCAGAAUGUCCAGACGUAUUCACAACACUUCCCGCGAAAUCUGAAACCUUAGUGACACUAUCAUUACUUCCUAAAGAAGUGGGUAAUCUUCAGAUAACUGGAUGUAGGGCUACUGUGUUAGGCUGUCGAGAGCAACUGUUUCAUUUUUACGAUUUAGAUUACAUUCGUGAAGAACAAAUUGUUCGUUUGGAAAAAAUGAGUCCUGAUAAGGAACUCUCCGCCAGAAAUGAACAAACUUGGUGGGAUGUGCAAGACAAAGAGUGGCCGAAGAAUACAAUACAAUUACAAGUCGUCGAUAAGCAGCCUCAACUGCUGCUGCGUGCUUGUCCUGCAGCUUCUCGGCCUCUUUCGAUGGCGGAAUACGAAACAAAAACGAUUCCCAUAACUCUUGAAAACGUGUCUUCCGUUCCCGCAAAUUUAGUCCAUGUCCAAUUUUUUGAUUCCUCAGCUCAAUACUACACGAAUGCACUUGCUAGCAAAACCAUUACAGCAGAUCAAUUUUACGAGUUGGAGCAAGAGGAAACGGAGAUGCCCUCUUUUAAAUUACUUUACGUUGAAGAACCACUACAUGUAGACCCACAUGAGAGUCGCACAUUCCACAUUCAGCUUCGAGCUAAACCAAGCAUGGAGAAAGCCCGUAUCGUUUUCACUUAUGGUCACCGAAGCUCAUCUGAUGCCGAAUACUACUACAAGAGACAAGUCACCGUGACACUUGACAUCAAGGUAUGCUCCCGCAUUGUGUUACAGGGCAUCGAAGUUUUACCGCAGUCUAUGUUGGACUAUUCGUCAUGUUUACUGGUAAUGUACUUUUUCAAUCAUUACUUUGAACAACAACAUAUUACGGUUUUUGACAAUGCAACUGAUACAGAACACUCUAUUGAUGUUUACGCAAACAGCAAUGCCGUGCUGUGUGUCUCGACCCCGCGUAUAUCAUUGACACAGGAGGAAUUGACCAAAGAUAUCCCUCGUCUAUCGAACCGUCAAUUUGUAUUGUCCAAAGGCAUGAAAGACAGUUUGGACGAAACAAUUUAUGUGAAACAACGCUUCUGGUUGAAGCAAGUCUUAUUACGCCGUCUUAAGGUGCAAUGGGAAUCUAUUGUUGACGGUUCACGUAAGGGUAUAGUUCACAUGCGACCCCUAAUCUUAUCCCGCAAUUCAAUUCCAAAUCUACUAUCACCUCCUCUGGCGGUAUAUUUUGAAGCUGAAGAUCCACUUGUAUUUGAUCCUCACAUGUAUGUGUGGAAGGUACCAUUUCGUACUUUCUUUACGAUUCGUGUACGUUUUGUGAAUCAUACCGAGAAGCCUUUACGCGCUUCAUACGCACUUAAACUGUGUAGCGUCAGCUUACAAGACAUGGAGAGUCCAACGCUGGUCCUAAAUGGUCCGGCCCAACGAACGAUGCCGGUUUUGGGGCCUGGUAAAGAAGUCUCAUUUUCGCAUUCACUGUUUGCGACUACGUCCGGAUUGUUUCGCAUACAAGUCUACGCGGAAGAGACACCUUCUUCGUCGUCCGCUUUUUGUCACUCUGCGUACCUUCCAGAACCUGUCAUUCUUUCUGUUGAGUGCCCUACUGUAUCUGAUGAUAAUACUAAAUUGUCCUCGGAUUAGAUCCAACAGAACUUCUCUCCCUCUCCUUCAUUUCCGCUUCCAAAAUUUACCGUCGUACAUAGAAUCCCUCUUCCCAUGACAUGAUUAGCUACGAAUGAAAUGUUUCCGACGCAGCUCUUGCUAAAUAUCCGACCAAGCCAAUAUACUCUUCUUUACUUAUAUUGCAAUCUAUGCUGUCUAGCGAAACUGUCCCAUAGAACUUAUACGAAUCCAUAAUUUUGUUUUAAUUGCAGCUUCUAUCGUCUAACAUACACUAGGAGGCUUAUAAAGAGGAUAAAUGCACUGCUACAGCUUUCUUUGAGCGUUAUUUGAUACCAUUGUU